UAAUCCAUUUUUGCAUAACGAAAACAGUACCACCAGUAGUAGACCAGUUUACAUUUUGUCGGAACAGAAACUUUGAAAGCAUGAACUAUGAAUUUUGAUCUUAUUACAAGUGUAGUGAGGACGGAAAAGGAUGGCCAGUUUCUACGUAGGCCUAGUGGAAAUCUGGAAUGUGAUGGCAUUUCACUCCCGAUGCAGAACAACAGCACCGGACGCAAGAGGGGCGGGUCUCGGGAUGCAGAUGGGGACCGACGUCGGAGGGGACAUCGCCGGCAGACCAGACCCCGGGCGGUCACUGCGGACCAGGCUGCAGCGCCACAUCAUGCCUAGACGAUGCCUCCACUACGUCGACGGCAUGGGGGACUAUAUAUCUAAAGUAUUAGUCUGCCCGGGAGGCCACAGCUGCGAUCGCAUACGAAACGUAAACGAGAAAUACGACAAGAUAUUGCUAUAAGGCUGCGUUCCCUCCAGAGGAGUUAAUUGAACUCCUUGUGUGGUGUUUUUUUUAUUAUUUCUGUAUUGAAAACCCCCCCAAAAAAACUAAUAGUCUGCAAUGUUCAAAACUGUGAAAUCGGCCAUUGAGCCGAUUCGAACUCUUGACUAUUUGCGGGCGAUAUACUCUCUGACGGAGGUCUGGCUGCAGGAUCGACCUCGCAAGGCUAAGUGGAAGACGAAAGGGAAAGAGUCCAGGUGGGACGAUCCAAACAACGGAGAUCCAAAGAGUAGGAGAAAACCAAAUCAAGAGAAAAUAGAAGAAAAACUCAAAGUUGACAUUCCACGCUGUUUGCAGCUGAAUAAAGUUCCAGAUAUGUAUCUGCAUGAAGUCAAAGUCCUAAAUUCCUACAUCAGUGAAGGCAAAGAUCCAGAAAAAUUGAAGGAUCUAAGGAAACAGGUACACAUUCGAAAAUGUCUGCAACAUUUUUUGCAAGGUGUCCAGAUGCAUGAUGCCCUUUCUGGCGAGGACGAAAUAGAGAUGGACAGACGACUUCAGAACGAGCAACAAAUUAUGAACAAAAUUAAGGAACUAAGUGAGAAAUUUCGAUGCUUAGGAACGUUAGGCUCUCCAAAAGAAGAAAGUUCAUCUAAGGGAAUGUGUGCUGCCAUCUGCACUGAUGGUGCGAGUUUGCCAAUAUUACCAGAACUGAUGGAUUUCUCGUCAACAGAUAAUGAAUCAUUUACAUCGAGCUCGUCAACAGACCAACGAUUUCUGUCCACCCCAUCGGCAGAUUCAAGUCAAUUCUGUCUGUCUAACAUUCCAAGUCCAUCACAUGCUUCCACAGAUCAAAGUCCAUCACAUGGUUCAACAGAUCAAAGUCCAUCACAUGUUUCAACAGAUCAGAGUCCAUUAGAUCAGUGUCCAUCACAUAGUUGCACAACACAAAGUCCAUCACAUGUUUCCACAGCUCAAAGUCCAUCACAUGUUUCAACAGAUCAGAGCCCAUUAGAUCAAUGUCCAUCAUAUAUUUGUACAGCACAAAGUCCAAUACAUGUUUCCACAGCUCAAAGUCCCUCACAUGUUUUUACAGACGAGGCUUCAUCCAGCGUAACAACAGAUACAAGUCCAUUUCACAAUUCUACAGACCAAAGUCCAUCUCGGAUCUCUACAGACCAAAGUCCAUUCCAUGUAGCUACAGAACAAUAUCCAUCUCCGAUUUCUACAGAACGAAAACAUUCUCACAUUUUUGCAGACCAAAGUCCACUUCCGAUUUCUGUGGAACAAAGUGCAUUCCAUUUGAGUAUAGACCAAAGUCCAUUCGAUGUGGACAAAGGCCAAAGUCCAUCAGCUAUUUCUACAGAGCGGAUUCCAUCACACCUAUCCUACCUAACGACAAGAGCCAACCCUGGAAGCAGACGAGAAAGUGAACGAAUAAGUUCCUACGAUGAUCAGACUCGUUUAGCUAACACAGCUCUCAAAGAUCUAAAUUCGUUAUUAAAUAAGUGCUUGGAAACGAUCAAUAAAAACCAAGACUUGAUAUUUCAACCACCAUUGACAGACACACAAACAACUGAAAAAGAACUAAGGAUUCCUUGUAACUGGGAAGCAUCUCCUUUACCCUCAACAGCAGACCACGAUUCGACCAGACGAGACGAGUCAUUAUGUGUCUUACACGCGGGAGGGAACGAGAGACACGAUCUUCAGAUGCAGACAUCAUCAUCGGUCAACGACGAUACUACAAUAGAUUAUUAUUUUCCAGACGAGGCAAUGGUUGGUGUAGAUACGUCAGUGAACGGUAUGGGGACUCUGUCUGUGGAUACAUGUGAUGGAGACAUGAAUACAUUCCUUGAGGAACUUCUGUCAGAAACUUUUAAUGAUCCUGCAGCCAGAAUCCCAUUGUAGAUAGAUUUUUGUAGUCUAGUUUUUGUAUUGGAAGACAAUGUCUCUUCGUCAAACCUUUCAAGUUUAAUUUUCAGUUUUGGGUGUGACGAACAAAAUUCAAGUUGGAUUUGUCAGUGAAAGAAGAAACAUUAUUUAUGCUAGUCUUUGGGAUAAACACUGACUAAUUUUGACAUUUUGGACGAAUUUAAUUGCAAGUAAAUUCUAAUAGCGUUACUCGAAGGUAUAUAUUUUGAAAUAUAUUUUUGGAAACUAAAUUUAUUUGUGAGAUUUACGAAAAUUAAUGACAUUGUUUCAAAUUUGUAUUUUUUUAAUAAAGCUUUCUAUUUCUUUUUA